AUGAGUCGAUGUGAUAAAGAUAGUAAAAAUCGAGUACGUUCUAUUGACGAUGAAUUGACAACUCGUGAUAUAUGUCAAAUCUUAGCCAGUAAACCUGUUCAUCGUACAAUCGCCUUAGACUGCAAUUGCCCAUCUUAUAUAGCACGACCAAAAUUACGUUUUAAAUUUCGUUUUGAAUUACUACUUUUGUGUGCUCUCUUUCGUCUGAUAGCCAUUAUUCUAUACAGUACUGCACAAAAUGUUGACGACUCUGAAAGGCAGAUGGCUGAAUUAUGUGGAUUCUCAUUUAUCGCACUUGUCCUCAGCUUUAUAAUCGAUUAUUAUCAUUAUUGGGUAUGGUGGCACUAUCGUCCGUCUUGCGAUGAUCGUUAUCAUUGUACUCUGUCAAAGAAACACAAACGCUAUAUAUCUUACCAUCUAAUGGGUUAUAAUCGUUCGAUGCCAGUGAGCGAUGAACCAUGUCCUAAUAGUUAUGAAUGUACAAAUUGUCGUCUUGAACAUUUAAUGAUCUUCCACCUUUGCGAUCAUAAACCACAACAACGUAAUUCAGCAGUUAAAAACCUUGCGAAACCUGAAGAUACAAUUUACAUUGGUUUUCAUCAAACAUCACCGGAAUUUGCUAUUGCCAUUGCACAUUCCGACUUUCGUCCCUCCAUGGAAGGAAAACAAAUGCUUGGUUAUGGCAUCUAUUUUGCACGUUCAAAGGCUGGUACCGAGAACAAAGCACGUCAAAAUGGUACGUACUUUGCAGCUGAGAUACAUAUGGGUAAAGUACUUGAAGUGACAAAAGAUGAACUUCCUAGUGUAUCAAACACUAAGGUAUGGUGGGAAGAAUAUGACACCGUGUAUUAUAACCAU